AAGCACAGUAAUAUAAUUCUCAAGGGAGCGUGGAUCACUUGUGAUGAGAUCAAACACCACCUGGCUUGGUAUGACAAAAUGCCAAUAAUCCUGCGAUUGGAAGGCCUUGAUGUGAAGGCAGGUACUGAGGAUAUAAGGAAAUUCUUUGAAUGUCUUCACAUACCGGAUGGUGGAGUGUACAUAGUGGGAGGAAGUCUGAGAGAGGCUUUUAUUGCAUUUACCACUGAAAGAGAUGCCCAGCUUGCCAUGCGGUACACUGGAAAUUUCCUGAAAAGGUCUCAGGUGACUCUGCACAUAAGCAGCAUGUCAGAGUUGGAGCACAAAUUAGAGUCAUUGAUAAAGAGGAAGAAACAUUACCCCUCUAAGCUGACUGUCAAGAGUCCCCCGACAUCUCCUAAUGCAAAUCUGCCGUCUGUGAAUGCUUUGCCUCGUGAUCACAACAAUGCAAAUCCACCACCUUCUACAUCACAGCCACUUGAUCACACCACUGCAAAUGUGCCACAUCCUCUGCAUUCCAGUAUUGCAAAUCUACAAACUUCAGCUGUGUCCUCACUUGAUUCCAGUGCUGCCUUUCUUCUUGGGGUGUGUACUGUUCUUCAAGGACUCCAAUCAUCCCAUCAAAGAGAGUACAAAGAGUCAGUGCCAAGAGUUGGUUCCCCCAAGGCUGACAGCACAGUUGUGGCAUCUGAUGUAGUGAGGACACCAGAGCUAACUCUAAACUCAAGGCCUGGCUAUGUCAGGGUCUUUGGUCUGCCAGCCUCAGCUACAAAAGACGACAUCUGCCAUUUUUUCAGUGGGUUGGCAGUAGAGGAAGCCAUAGUGAAUGUGAAAUUGGGACUUGGCAUGCAUGUCUGCCUUGUGAAGUUUGCAAACACAAAGGAUGCAUGUGAUGCUCUUCAUUUCAACCAACGGCAGCUGGGCUCCUUCUGUGUGGAGGUGCGUGGAGCCUCGGAGAAGAUGUGGACCAGUGCGCUUCAAGACUGUGAAAAUGCUCUUGAUGAUGAGGAGAUAAUGAGACCUAACCAAAACCCUCUUAGGGAAGCUGCAGACCACCAACAAAAAUCUGUUUAUGCGCUACAGAUGAAGAGGCAAUCUGUCAAACAGCUGCAACAUAAAUCACCAAAAAAGCCAAGACCAGACCGUGACUCUCAAACAACCUUAUCACCAGGUACAGAGUACAUUGUCAUGGUCAGUAAUCUACUCAAAAAGAUGACCAAGACUGAGAUAAAAGAAUUAUUUGGAUGUCCAAACAUUGCACACAAAAAUGUACUCCAUCUGCUUGACAAGGAAGGCAACAGAACAGACACAGCUUUUCUUAUUUUUAACUGCACUGAGGAUUAUGACUAUGCAAUGAAUCUCACUGGAUGCCAUGUGGGCUCUAACGCCAUUAAGGUAUCAUCAGUGACUAGGGAGAAGAUGAGGGACAUGAUGGCCAAAACCCAUCCCAGGAAUGUUGAGCAUUGUCUGAAGAUGGACACAAUGAAGAAAGGUCCAGGUCCAGUCGGGACACCAAAAGACACAUUUAGCAUGAACCCGGACCAAGCUGCUCAGACCUGCCUGUUUGUUAGAAACUUGCCUGCAGAUGUGCAGAAAAGUCAAAUAAAAACCCUUUUCAGCAAAUACAAGCUGCGGAAGGAUAAUAUCACCUUAUUGCAUGACAGUGAUGGGAAGGGUAUUGGUGAGGCUGUGGUACAGUUUAAGUCUCAGAAGCUUGCUGCUCUGGCUCAUGGGCUCCACGGUCAGGACUUCCUGGGGACACAAGUGCUUCUUACCUGCAUAAGUGUGAAGCAGAUGCAGGACAUCUUUGGAAGACAUUUUUAAAGAAGUCAGACGUUAAGGCUCCAGUGCAGCAACUGUGGCCAAGGACUGAUCAUGAGAUCUUCAUUUGCCUUCAAGAAGUCUUGUCUUCUGCUAACUGACUGCAUCAACCCACUGACUCAUUCAUGUAAUGUUACUUAGUAACUGUACAACUGUUAAGCACCUCUUGGCAUUAUCUCUGUGAAUAUUCUAUAUAUUUUAAAAUAAAAUCUUGUUUUAA